AUGAACGUUGUUAGCAGACUUUUGAACGAGAUGGGUUUGAUCCUAAUUUUGGGCUAUGUGGCUGCUGCCAUUCUAGGAUUAGAGGCUCUUUAUGCAGUUGUACGCUUUUUACGUCUCUUUGUUCUUCCCAAAGCUGGCUUUCGAUAUAAUUUAAGCAAAUUAGGUCAAUGGGCCAUUGUAACGGGCUCAACAGAUGGUAUUGGUAAAGGUUAUGCCAAAGCGUUAGCGCGUCGUGGCUUAAACGUCUACCUAAUCAGUAGAAAUUACAGUAAAUUGCAAGAUGUUGAGAAAGAAAUUAAAGCAAUCAAUGACAAGAUUGAUGUUAAAAUCCUUGCUAUCGAUUUUUCAAAGCUAUCCGAUAUCUAUUCACAAAUUGAAUCAGAGAUUGCUAACUUGGAUAUUGGAGUUCUCGUUAAUAAUGUUGGUGUCAGUUGCGCCUAUCCUGAAUAUUACUUGGACAUAGACAAGCAAGUAACUCAAAAUAUUGUCAAUGUUAAUAUAGUAUCCAUCAAUGAAAUGACGCGAGUCGUUCUACCUAAAAUGGUGGCCAAAAAGAAGGGUGCAAUUAUUAAUAUUGCAUCGAUAUCUGCCGAAACGCCGACUCCUUUAUUGGCUGUCUAUGCUGCAAGUAAAUCUUAUGUCGACUCGGUAACCCUCGCAUUUCAAAAGGAGUAUCAAAGUAAAGGGAUCAUUAUCCAAUCUGUACUGCCUGCCUUUGUUUGCUCUAAUAUGAGCAAAAUAAGACGGUCGUCUCUUUUUGCUCCUUCUGCUGAUACUUUCGCCACUAGCGCACUCAAUACUGUAGGAAUUGCAAAUAGAACUCAUGGAUAUUGGCCUCAUGAAUUACAAGCAUGUAUUACCAAUUUAUUACCGAGAUCCGCAAAGAUUUCAUUGUACUUUAGUCAAUUAUCUGGCUUGCGGGUAAAAGCUUUAAAAUACCUUACCAAGCAGAAAUAA